CUCUCGAUCUUGCGCAACUCCAAAUAAACCUAAAUCAAAGGUAAAAAUAAACAAUCCCUAAUGCGUCUCACCGGACGAAAUCCGGUGACCGCACCUAAUAAUUUCAUCACCACCGGCAGCCACGUAAACCUAAACCUAGCCGCGCAAACGCAAGAAAUCCAGUCGGCCUUCGAUGUCCUCGACGCCGAUAGCGACGGCCGAAUUAGUCGCGACGAUCUCCGCUCCUUCUUUUCCCGCUUCCCGGCCGCUUCCGAUGAAGUCAUCUGCGCUAUGAUUUCCGCCGCCGACACUGACCGGAACGGUUACGUGGAGUUCGCGGAAUUCGAGAGCAUUCUUCACGCCGGCGGAGGUUGCGUCGCCGGUGAUGGAAUAAUGGACGAGGCCUUUCGCAUGAUGGACCGCGACGGCGAUGGGAGAGUGGGUUUUGAGGAUUUGAAGGCUUAUCUGAGAUGGGCGGGGAUGCCCGCCGACGACGAAGAUGUGCGGGAGAUGAUCUGUUCAGGCGGCUGCGACGAGGCCUCCGGCGUUGCAUUUGACGAUCUUCUGCGGAUUCUCGCCGUUGAUUCUGGCAAGAUUGGCUGGUGAAGGAAAUGAGCUGUAGAUGUAGCCUGGUCGUAUGUUUUUGUAUGCAUAUUAUGGCUUUUAAGUGGUAAGAAGAUGCGAGGGGUGAAGAUGGACUGUCUUGAUGAAUUGAUGGGAUGGACUGAUUUUGUAUAUGCCUUCCUCAGGUUGCUUUGCACGUAUUUCAUUGGUUCCAAUAGAAAAAUCUGGACCUAAUAGACCAGAGUAUGAGAGACUCAUCCAA